CAAGGGUCUGUUAUAUCUCUGAUCCUGAGUACCUCUCUCACUGUGAUCGACCACAGCAAGCAGAGGCUGUAAAAACAUCACACACACACACACACACACACACACACACACACACACGCACUCCAAAAGGAGGAAAGAGGAAGAAAACAAAAGCUGCUACUCAUGGAAGGUACAAAGGAUUCCAAUGUGAAAAGAUUUUGCUCUCAAAAUAUCCUGGCAAUCCUUGGUUUCUCCUCUAUCACUGCUGUGAUAGCUUUGAUUGCUGUGGGGCUGACCCAGAACAAACCAUUACCUGAAAAUUUUAAGUAUGGAAUUGUGCUGGAUGCAGGCUCUUCUCACACAAGUUUGUAUAUCUACAAGUGGGAUGCUGAAAAGAAGAACAACACAGGGGUGGUGUAUCAAGUAGAAGAAUGUAAAGUAAAAGGUCCUGGAAUCGCAGCAUAUAGUAAUAACAUAGAUGAUCUAGAAACAUACCUGCUUGAAUGCAUGGAAAGGUCCAAGAACGUGAUUCCAAAGUCCUUGCACUCAGAGACCCCUGUUUACCUGGGAGCUACGGCAGGCAUGCGGUUACUCAGAAUGGAAAGUGAACAAUUGGCACACAAAGUCUUGAAUGAAGUUUCGAGUAUCCUUAGCGACUACCCCUUUGACUUCCAGGCUGCCAGGAUCCUCACUGGCCAAGAAGAAGGUGCCUAUGGCUGGAUUACUAUCAACUAUCUUCUGGGGAAAUUCAUUCAGAAAUCGAAAUGGUUUGGCCUAAUCUCACGUGAAAGCAAUAGUGAGAAAACCUUUGGAGCUCUGGACCUUGGGGGAGCUUCGACACAAAUCACUUUCGUGCCUCUAGGCCACACUACUGAGUCCCCAGACAACUUUCUGCAAUUUCGCCUUUAUGGUCAGGACUACAUUGUGUACACACACAGCUUCUUGUGCUAUGGGAAGGAUGAAGCACUCCGACAGAAAUUGGCCAAGGACAUUCAGGUUUCAAGUAAUGGAAUCCUCCAGGAUCCAUGCUUUCACCUUGGUUAUGAGAAGUUUGUGAAUGUAACUGAGCUUUACAAGUCUCCCUGCACCAAGAGAUUUGAAAAGACUCUGCCAUUUGAUCAGUUUCAAAUCAAUGGUACUGGAAACUAUCAACAAUGUGCACAAAGCAUCCUCGAGCUCUUCAAUUCCAGUUACUGCCCUUACUCCCAGUGCGCCUUCAAUGAGGUUUUCAUGCCACCACCUCAAGGGGACUUUGGGGCAUUUUCAGCUUUCUACUUUGUGAUGAAUUUUUUAAACAUGACAUCAAAAGAAGUUUCCUAUCAGGAAAAGAUGAAUGAGAUAAUGGAAGAAUAUUGCUCUAGGACGUGGAAGGAGGUAAGGACAUCUUUUCCUGAAGUGAAUGAGAAGUUCCUGAGUGCAUACUGCUUUUCGGGUACCUACAUCCUCUCCCUCCUUCUACAAGGCUAUCAUUUUACAAACAGUUCCUUGAAGAACAUUCAUUUUAUGGGCAAGAUUGAGGGCAGCAGCGCUGGAUGGACUUUGGGCUACAUGCUGAACCUGACCAACAUGAUUCCAGCUGAGAAGCCAUGGACUACACCUCUCUCCCACUCCACUUAUGUCUUCCUCAUGGUCUUCUUUUCCCUGAUACUGGUUGCCGGGAUCAUUACAGGCUUGGUUAUAUUUAAAAAUCCUUCAUAUUUCUGGAAAGAAAUGGUAUAGCAAAAGCAGCUCAAACCUACUGGCUGGAAUGGGAAAAAUAUUUUCCCAGGGAGUGCUUUCCUCCACACAACUGUGUGCAAGUUCCUCCUUCCCUAACUGCUAGGGCCAGUCUUGACCAGCAUGAAACACCUUUGGCUUUUGCUGAAGAAUUUCCUUGGGAGAUAUUCACCAUCUUCUGGCUCAAGGAUUUCCUGGCUGAUGUGGUCUUUUUCCUUUGUACUCUGUGCUUAUGUAAGUUAUAAAGACUUGGCAUCUUUUGUGAUUUUUGCUUUAUAAAAGAACAAUACUGACUUUGUCAAGAAGAACUGAGAAUUCUGAGUCUUGUGCUGGGAAAUCAAACUAGUUACUAGAAAAAUCUCAGGAACUGGUUCGGUCAUGCUCUUUAAAAAUUCCACUCUCCUGUUUCACAUAUAUUAAGAAAGCCAUAUAAUAUCUUUGAAGAGACCAGAUACGUAUUCCAUUCUAAGCCUGCUCUUUGGGUAAGAGAAUUGUUUUAGAUAGGCAAAUGCAUGCUAAGACCAAAAAGUUUUACAAGGGAAUCUGUGUGCUCAUGAAGUUAAUAUUAUUCUGAAUCUCCUUUAUAUAGGUAGGAAUGAGUUACAUAUUCCUGAGUUAUGCCAAAAUGCCACCAAGUACAACACACAGUCUAGAGAUUUUUAAAAAGAAGAUGGGUUCUGUGGACUUUUAGAUAUUAGGACGUAAUAUGUGGUAGGUAUAUACAUGUUAAAAAGAAAAAUAUAGUUACAACUCAAGUUUGGUAAAAAUUUAUCCUCCAAUGAUUUUGAAGUUUUUAUUAUAUCAUACACAUAACAUAUAAUUCACUGUGUUAACAUUCAGAUGGUACAAUUUAGUACAUUUACAAUGUUCUGCAGAUAUCAUCACUGUUUGGUUCUGCAUUUCGUCACCAAAUAGUUGGCUGGAAAAAAAGAACUGUAUUUGGGCAUGUUUAAACCCCAGACCUUUUUUUUUUUAUUAUUUGUACCAGGGAUCGAACUUACAGCUGCCUGCUUGCAAGUCAGGUGCUUAUGCUGCUGAGCUAAAUCCUCAGCCCCUAAACCCCACACCUUUUCCCUAAUAGUUAAAUGUGCCAACCAACUGCAGCAUAAAGAUGAAACAUCAAGUUUUAAAGCCAUGCCACAUGUUGUUGUCACAAGUUUAAUUUUAGUGAGAGGAUUCUAUGCCUUUUCCAUGUUGUUGUAUAUAUACAUUAAAAUGUGCUGGGAACCAUGUCUGUCACACACACAUGGGUUUUAUUUACUUUUCCCAUACAAUAUUUCAUAGAAGUGGCUAUGGAUCUUAUUAUAGAAACAUGAAGAGAUCCUAUACCUCUUGCCCCUUAAGGAUUAGCAGUUACCUGUUUAGCAGGGUUGGGGGGUGAUAUACUAUUCCCACCUUAACCCAAACUAUUUGUUCAUCUGUGGAUCUGAAGACUGAGUAUUGAGCUGAUAAGAGAGGAAAAGUUAUCUCACAAACUAAAUGCCAAUGUCUCUUUAUCUCUGGAACAAUAGAGGUAUACUUAAUAACAGUCAGGUGAACACAGAAUUAAUGAAGCUGUGGACAAGAACUAUUUUUUUUUCUGCUACUCAGUUUAAUUUGCUGAACCUUGUAAUCAAAGCUGAGAAGCCAAACUGGUAUGUUCAAGCUCUCUUUUUUGGUGGCAAUUGGUUAUAUUAGUAUAGCUGCUAUUAACUGAGCAUAUUGGCAGUAUAUUAAUACUCUGUACUCAAGUGCAUUGUGUUCAUUUCCUCCUUUUAUCCUCAUGACAAUCUGAAAAAUGUAGCUGUUAGCACUCCUGAUGCCUGUGACAGAGCUGAAACUCAAAUUCACAUUUUCUGCCCCAUGUUUACUGUUUUUUGCUUUACUAAACACUUUCCCUCAGAAAGUUUGAAUUGGAAUUGACAAGUUUCCUUCAGAGAGCAUAAAUCCUUUCUCGCUUCUUUAUUUUUGUCGAUUUAAAACACACAAACUCUUUUGGAUAUUUGGGAGCUAACCUCCACUUGUCAAAAACCUCAAAAUAUGGAGAUAAUCAAUAGGCACAACAUAACGUCAGUUCUAUUGGAGGGAAUGUUGAUUUUGAGGCAGAUACAGGAAUCUUCUUGUGGGCAGGCUGGUUGGACUCAAAUAAAAUGGGCCACUAUCAAUUAAUUUUAAUGUUGGUCCUAGUCACUGACUAUAGUUAAUUACUAUUCGUCCCUAAACUUUCACCCAGAACUCAAAACUUGAUUCUGAUAACCUUAUUUAUUUAUGAGGUAGGAAAAUAUUAUUUUUAUGAACUCACAGUGGUUACUGCUGUAGACAAAGUAAUGGGACUACAUAGUUAGACUAUAUGGAUAUUGAUGGAGGGAGAGAGAGGUUUCAACUCAUCCAAUUCUUAAUUAGUGAGAAAUACAAAAUGUGAUAUAAAUAAAAAAAUUAAACCUAUACAUCAUUUUAAUGUUGCUAACACUUGGACUAAUGUUAAGAUUCCUCAAAGAAACAGAUGCUAUACUUCAAACCAAGGAGAGUUUAACAAAGUGACUGAAUGUAAGACAUUCUCAUUUCAACAAGUAUUCAAUAUAAAAGUUAUUGAAUUUUUAAAUAUUAAAAUCUGUACUCUAUAUUAUAUUUACAGAAUAUUUUCAUUAGACUAAUCACAUUCCAAGUGCUAUAGAUGGCUAGUGGCUAACACAUUAAACAGCAUAUGUAUAAAGAUAUAUACUUAAAGCUAAAAAGAAAUGAACAUUUACUGUCUUUCCCUUGGAGAAAGGAGAGUUAACAACUAAAGUUGCAGUAACAUUUGGUACUACAUUACAUAUGAAGUUUUCUGUUAUUCUUAUUUGUGCUUUGUAGCAAUUUUGCUUCAUUUGUAAAGUUUUGCUGCCUUCUUGUGGAGAAACAGAUACUUGUUAUUUGGGCCAAGAUGAUCAAUGAGAGACUUUGGGAAAUUUUUCUGGGAUUCAGAGAUAAUCCUUGAUGCUUGCAUUCCUCAAAAUAUAAAUUUGAAUAUUAAAAAUCAGCCUUUUCAUAGCUCAUGUAAGAGUAAAAUUACUUUUAAAAUACAUUCCCAUUUAUUUUCAGUUUCGUUGGUCUGGUUUCUCUCUGAUCCAAAUUCAAAUAGUAUUUUGUUGGAACAUGAUUGUUGCUUAUAACUAGCUGUAUUCAGUAACUAUAUACUUCUUUUAGUUGGUAUUUUUAUUUUUAUAACAGCUUCAAAGUUUGGGUGGCUUAGCACAAUAAACAGGGAGUAGGCUUGCA